UGCAACAUCGACUGAGGUUUGGAUAAUUACAUGAAUGGGAUGGUUAUGGAAGGCAAUGAUCCAGAUGCGAGGCGUUGGGACUAGGCAGAAUAACAAUUCAGCACGGACUAGAUGGGCCAAGUGCUCUUGGGCGUGAUGCGGACUGUCGCCCUUCUGCUGGCAGGACUGCAGGCUCUGGCUGCCGGUGGGACCACUGCAUCCUGCUACCCAUCUGUCGGGGGCACGAGGACUCCUGGCAUCCAGAAGCCCUGGGAGAGACCCCGUCUCCCCGACGCCCUCAAGCCCCUCGGCUACCAGCUGCAGCUCUGGCCCCAGCUCUUCCGGGACCGGAGGUCUGGCCUCUUCACGUUCCACGGGAGGUCAGCAGUGACCUUCCUCUGCCUGAGGCCAACUCGGCUCAUCCUCAUCCACAGCAAGGCACUCAACUACACCAAGCCCCCGCAGGUGACGGGCAGGGGUGGCUCUGCACCAGCUGUGGGGAGAUUCUGGCAGGAGGCUGCCGGCGAGUACUUGGUGGUGCUCCUGAAGGGGCACCUGGACCAGGGCAAGGUCUACUCCCUGCGUACGGCCUUCAGCGGGGAGCUGGCCAGCGAUAUGGCUGGCCUGUACAACUGCCAGUAUCUUCAGAAUGGCUCCACCAGGACAGUGCCUGGCCUGAGGGGACCGGGUCACAGUAGGAGGUUUGGUGAUGACGCUGAAGGUGAUGAGAUAGGAGGCUGCCUCAGCCAUCUCGACUUCAGGUUACCUGACCUCACCCGGUCUGACCAACUGCCCCAACCUGUGAACUGUGCUGGUAAUGGAUCAGCCCAUCUUUGGGACCACCAGAAUCCUCAUCAGUCCAGUCUUGGGGCACUGUGCUGCAGUUGGAGGAAGACAAGAAAGGGACCAAAGGAAGGAUCUUCCUCCCUGGAGCUCCUGAACAAGGAGCGAGAGAAGCAGAAGGAGCGAGAGAAGGAGGCGAAGGAGAGGGAGACCAGGAUCACCAAUGGGCACCUCUUCACCUCCAUCACCGUCUCGGGAAACACCCUGUGCUAUGCCUGUAACAAGAGCAUCAUCACCAAGGAGGCCUUCGUCUGCCCCACGUGUAACGUGACCAUCCACAAGAGCUGUAAGGAUGUCCUGUCCUCUUGCACCAAAGUGAAACAGAAGCAGCUGAAGGCAGCCCAGGCCAAGAACAACUCAGCGUUGCAUAAUGUCUCCUUGCGACAGAAAGUUCCUCUGGGGCGUGAGCGUCCCAGCUCUGCUGUCUACCCAUCUGACAGCCUGCGCCAGUCAGCACUCUUCCCCCAGCUGGGAUCCCGCCGCACACGGACUGCCUUCCAGUCUCUCUCCAAGAGCGUCUCCACAAACAACAUUGGGAACCUGAACGAUGAGAUGCCCCUGGGUAUCCGGAAGAUUCUGUCACAGUCAACGGAUUCUCUGAACUCAAGAAAUCGAGCAUUGUCGAUUGAGUCAUUGAUUGAUGAGGGCGCAGAAACUAUCUACCAGCAGCUGAUGGGUGACCUGGAGACGGAUGAGAAGGACUUUGAGGCAGACUCAUGGAGCCUGGCCGUGGACGCCAGCUUCCUACAGCAGCACCGCAAGGACGUGAUGAAGAGGCAGGAUGUCAUCUAUGAGCUGAUCCAGACGGAGGUUCACCACCUACGAACGCUGAAGAUUAUGUCGGACAUCUUUCGGAAGGGGAUGCUGGAGGACCUGCAGAUGGACAGCAACACAGCCGAUACCAUGUUCCCAGCGCUGGACGAGCUGACAGAAUACCACAUCCAGUUCCUGACCCGGCUCUUGGAACGUCGGCGUGAGUCCCUCCUGGACGGCAGCAGCAAGAAUUUUGUUAUCACCCGGCUGGGCGACCUGCUGGUCAGCCAGUUCUCGGGGAAGAACGCAGAGCUGAUGAAGAAAGCCUACGCCGAUUUCUGCAGCCGACAUACCAAGGCUGUGAAACUGUAUAAGGAGUUGUACACUCGGGACAAGCGCUUCCAGCAGUUUGUACGGAGGAUGACUCGCUGCUCAGUGUUACGGAGACACGGUGUCCAGGAAUGCAUCCUCCUUGUCACCCAGAGGAUUACCAAGUACCCGGUCCUGUUGGACCGCAUCUUGCAGAACACAAAAGGAAACGAUGAGGAGCAACGAGAGCUGGGCAGGGCGUUGGCGUUGGUGAAGGAGGUGAUUGCGUCUGUGGACACCGAGGUGCAUGAGUGCGAGCGACGGUUCCGGCUCCAGGACGUCUGUGGCAGGAUGGACCCGCGGGCCUCGGCCGCCAUGCAUAACGGCCAACACUUCCAGCGUGAUGACCUUGCCCGCCGUAAGCUGGUGCACGACGGCUUCGUCCUCUGGAAGACUGCAACCGGCCGCUUCAAGGAUGUGCAGGUCCUGCUGCUGACCGACGUACUGAUCUUCCUACAGGAGAAGGACCAAAGAUACAGCUUCCCUGCCCUGGACAACAAGCCGGCAGUCAUCCCCCUGCAGAAGCUGAUUGUAAGGGACAUCGCCAACCAGGAGAAGGGGCUGUUCCUGAUCAGUGCAGCUGCCCCCAUGCCCGAGAUGUACGAGAUCCACACGGCCUCCCGUGACGACCGUAACACUUGGAUGAAGAUCAUCCAGCAGACCGUCAACAUCUGUCCCGAGAUGGAACAUUUCUCCAUGGAGAUGAAGACCAAGGAGAUCCUGAGGGAACUGUCAGAGGAGAUAAGGCAGCAGGACCGCCGCGUGGCGGAGCUGCUGGAGGAGAAGGCAUCGCUGCUGCAACAGGUCCUGCAGCUGAGGAACAGUGAGGACCCCCCAGCCUCCGGCCCCCGACGCCUCUUUCGGUCAGACUCCAGCGACCACCCCCGGGGGGAGCGGCUCAUCACGGAGGCCAUCAGAGAAGUCCAGCGCAUGUCGGAGCUGAUGGUGAGCGUUUGUGGGAAUGUCGGUUCCAGCCCGGACCAGUCCCUGGGGACUGAGAGCACAGGGGGACCCGCCGGCAACCCAGACACUGAGCUCAGUGUGAACGGCAGCUCUGAGCCGGGCAAGAUUGAUGCCCUCAGGGACACAGUGCGGGACGGAAACGGAAAUCAACUAAAGUCACACAAUGAGGACCUACUACAGGGACUCUCCCAGUUGUCCAUCCUCCUGCUCUCUCUCCAGGCGAUAGUGGUGAAGCAGGACACCCUGCUGGAGGAGCAGUGGCAGGAGGUGUCUGAGCAGAGGGAGCGGCUGACUCGGCUGAGUUCCAGGGAGGGCGGUCUGGCCGAGCUGGAGAGGCUGCGGGAGGAGCUGGCUGGCCUGAGACGGCAGCACGGGCUUCUGCAGGUGGAGUUCCAGAGGAGUCGGCGGACCUGCGAGGAUCGGGGCCAGGAGCUGCGGGCUCUGGAGGCUCGGCUGCACGACUCCGAGAGGAGGCGGGAGCAGCUGGAGAGGGAGCAGGGCCACUGCCUACAGGACAGCCCCAGGCCCGAAGCAGAAGGGGAAGACCAGGCCAAGACCGUCCUCCGGUGCAAAAAGAGGGCCCAUACGAGGCAGUUCAGCCUGCCCUCUGCCCAUGUCACCUGCCUGAGCCUCAGCACUGCACAGAGCACCAGCCAGCGGCGGAGGAGUGCUGAUGAGUCCAGCCUGCGGAUAGACGCCGACUCUCAGGGCAUACCUGUCGCCUGGCCCAGAGACAGCGGACAGCUUGAGGGCCCCCACCCUCUGUGGGACAGCGGCCCGCCUCAGCAGGAGGUUGAGGGCAGUGAGGGGCACAGGGAAGGAGCAAGGACAGGCCAGAUCAGCCUGGACGAGGAGAGCGAGAGCUCGUCACUUUCCUCUGGCGAGGAGACCGCAGACGCCGAGCCCGCACCGGAAGAUCCCACGCCUCACUCCCCAUUCAGCUCGCCCCCCAGCCUUGUGGAGGAGGAUGACGACGAGUAUUACUGAGCGGGGCAGGCUGUUGGGCGUGGGGCGAGUAGGGAGACCGCCUCCUCCGUGACCAGGCCCUCCCUCCCCACUCUGUGUGCACCAGUGAUCACCCACUCUGAGGGAGGUUCUUGUCCCCCAGCGAGCUGUUAUUAUGGGGCAGUAUUCCUCAGGCCUUCACACACCCGAUCUUAUUGAAAUAUUUUACCCCCCUGCAGUGCAGGGUCACUCUCUCCUGCAGAUCCAGGUACCGGUACCCUCCCGCAUUUUGGGGCUCUUGGCUGCCCUCUGGGAGUGAGGGACAGACGCAGGCCUUCAUCCCUGCCCCUGGCAAAGAGGGAUUCGCACAGGGAGUUAACCACUCUCCUGGCUUCUGGCACGAAAGGAGAUCCUCUCCCUCCACACCAUCGCUUCCCCCCCCGGGGUCUCUGAACGGAUUGCCCCUAAGUUUUAUCAUUCCGGGACCCCUGCCAUUCACCUUUCCUAACUUGUCUCCCCCUCCCUGUCAUUUCGUCACAGAUGGUGGGUGGUGUCUCUGAACAAGUGAGGCUAAUUAGACCCCCUAAUAUUAUCACCUCCCAGCCCACUGCUCCCCUCUGAGCUUCUGUCCCACCCCCACCCCGGCCUUAUUUAUAAGUAGAAAGCUGUGCGCAAGUGGCUUGAGCCCUUUCCCAAGCCUCCCGGCAGGGCGCCCCUGCUAUAGGGAGGUCACAACUGCAGCAUGACCGAGUGGCUGGCUCAUUCCCUGUGUUCCAGAGGAUCAUUCCACAUUUUUAAAAUUCUUACUUGUUAUGUUCAACCAAAGAGCAGGCAUCGGGAAACGUUCCAAUCACCCUCAGUCAAGCCAGUUAACCUGUGGGUGGUAGGGGUUUCAGCCCCUCUCAUUGAGCAUGGCUGUUGCUGGGCAUUGGGGGGAGGUGAGUUACAUCCCUGGAGACACAGUGAGAAGGAAGGACUCCUUUCCCAGCACAGCGCCUGCUAAUCCGUGGAGUUGUCCCUGGUGGGUCAGCAAAAGACUGCAGUUAAUUCACUGAACACAGACACACACACACCUACAGACUCACACAUGUAUGCACAGGCACACACACACACACACACACACACCUACAGACGCACAGACACACACAUGCCAAGUUUUGUAUGUUUAAAUGUCUUUUUUUUAAAGAAUUUUAUUGUAACUGGGAUCUCUACGCAAAUUAAAUGAUGUGCUGUAAAACUGGAGAUGAUAAAGAGAACUUGUCAAGAAAACAUACUGUCUG